AUGUUUGGAAGCAGGCUUCAGAGCAGGAAGUUUGGUUUUGUCCCGCCUAAUAGUGGGUUGCAGACCACUGUGCGCGGCGCGCCGCGCCGUGGCAGGGGACAGAGCCACGCCAACCGCCUGACCACCGAGCGCUUGUCCGCCGCCCAGCAGACGUGCAGUGGGUAUAGUCUGAAUGGCACCCCUGGUGAGUGGCGCCCUUGGCACAUGCCAUACCUGCCAUACCGUAGCUACACCUCUGGGAGAUAA